CCGAACUCGAGGAUGUGGAGCUAGUAUGUCAGGGCAACCUAGACGACGACAUCGACCUAGGUGUCGACAUACCAGAAGGGAACUCGGAUGUGCUCUACGUGAUGUUCAACCUAUUCAGUCGCCGCAAUGCGCUGUCUCUACGAAGGUUCCACUUUACCCACACGGACGCGGACGUGCCCCUCCUUCCAGACCCAGCGGCAACUGCUACGCAAGCGACUGGCCCAGGGAGCCCAUUGCUCGAGCUUCGUGCACUGCAAGAUGUCAUGAUAUUACAGGCCCUCAGGGAUGUCAAGUACUACGCGGAACCAAACAUCCUUGGCUGGGUAAAUGCAUGGCCCAGGCUACGAACGCUCGCCUUGUCUGCACUAGUGGUCUUUCCUGAGACGCUGCAGUACAUCGCGCGCACGUGCCCCCAGGUUGAAAGCCUCACGUGUGGAAUUGUCAACGAAAUUUGUCGAAAGCCUCUCCCGGUUGGAGGCCUCCUCUGCUUUGGCCCCAUUGGGGAGCCUAGUGGAGGAAGACCUGCACUUCGGGCGUUUGCGUGCACGAUUACUUCAUGCCCUCCUCCUCCAUCGAAAUCGGCAGGGUCGCCUGCUUCUUCGAUUCACUUUUUCACCAGCUCGACGCUGAACGCUUUUGGGUCCCGUGCCGUGUCACUGGCCCCGCCCGCGGGGACCGUCGCCCUUCCAUGGUGUAAGGCAGAAAUUGAAGGAAUUGCAACUCGGACGACGAAAUGUAUCCUUUUUGUAGACUGACCAAUUCGGAGUCUUCUGCUACUCUCCCGCUCUGCACGGGUCAAACUAG